UGGUAGUGGGAGCUGCUUUCGUGGUCCUUCUCACAGUGGUGGGCAAGUGUAGCAGCGUGUUGCUGGGCCCCCACGUGGGGGGUAGGCUGGUUGCAGCGCCGCUUCCUUCUGCACAAACCCUCAGUAAAAUGGUGGCAAAUUCCGCUAAAGCCCGAAAUAGAUAUGCGCGAAUUUUCCGUUCUCGAAAGACCGCUCUCGUCUCAGAGGUCUUUCAGUAGUUGCUUUUGAUACUCAACAGUAUAAAGUGACAACUCCUGCGGUAACAACACCAUUUCCUUCUAAUAAGGGUGUCUCAAUAGAUUCUUAUGGUCAUUGCGCUCUUGAGGCACUUACUCUGUAAUAAGUUGAGGAGACCAGCAAAAUUCAGGUAUACCGCCACUAUCAGUCAAACGACCAACACCAUUGCUGCCAUCUCGACGGUAACGGGCAGGGCGCCGCCUAUGUUCUCAAGCACCCGGUCGCUCAAACACGCAUUCAGGCGGAAGUCGGGUCGGCUUUCGACAGUAGAAUAGUGAUGACCUGCUACUUACAACCAGGCUGACGACAAUGGUGGUAACAGUAUAAAACGGCAGAAGCGAGCCAGGAAGAUUUACGAAACGAGAUCAAGACUACGGCACUUUAAUGAGAAAGAAAAUACCUUACGAUCUAACUUCAGCUACUAAUUAACUACUGCGCGUAAGAUCAUGCAGUAGUACAACUUAGCAAGUGCGACAACGAUAAACAGCAAGCAACCAUCAUAAAAUUAAUAAUAAGAUCAGCAGCGGAAGCGUGGUCUAACCUUCCGAAGACAUUGGAGCAGUUCAGCAAAAGUUUGUCAAGAACCUUCAUUUUCUCAACGAUUUUUUUCCUAUUCCAUCUUGAUGUGUUCGUACCUUCAGCCUGAGAGAAAAUCCCGAUGCACGUUGUAUAUAGUAGAAAAUAUAGCAUCGUAAUAAGGUAGAUAUGUACUAGUAAAAGUAGAAAGGGUAUAUCCGGUGGACGUUUGUGCGUAAGGAUCGACAUGGUUACCUAUGAAGUGGUUAAUAUGAGCAAGUAAAAAAGAAAAACAAAUACAAAUAGUACUGGCCGUUAAAAUCAUUUACUCUACUAUAAUGGUCAUGAACCAGUAUAUACGAACAACUUCUACGCCGUUUAUUUUAUUUGAUUAACAUUUGGAAAACAUCUGCCUUCAUUCACACAAUUACAAUUACUGCUUCUAAAUUAAAGACAACUAGUCAAAUAUGUCAAACCCUGUAGAAACAGGCACACCUGCCUGUGAAGAAACUAGUGCAGCGAUGGUUGACCCCAUGCAGGUACAGCUGCGAUUUCUUACCACCGCCGAUCUCGAUACGGUAAAAGUCCAAUGUCAAGAGUGGUUCCCCAUCGAAUAUCCUGACUCGUGGUAUCAGGAUAUAACGUCGAACAACGGCAAGUACUUCUCUCUAGCCGCAGUGCACCGUGGCCGAAUCAUUGGCGUUGUCGUUGCGCAAACAAAAGCCUUAAACAGCUGCAGACAAGAAGAUCAAGAAAUUUUGUCGGCCAAGUUUCCAUUGCACUCGCAGGUGACUUACAUACUCGUAUUGGGCGUUUGUCGGGAUCACCGGCGUAGCGGGAUCGCCUCGCUGCUUGUCAAUUCCUUGCUUGAAUUCCUCCGUACGGAGCCCGCACAGGACACGUCGUCGAAGUCUCGCGCGGUUUUUCUUCACGUGCUGAGCGAGAAUAUGGCAGCGAUUAACUUUUAUACACGCCGCGGCUUUGUGCUGCACUCUUAUUUGCCACAAUAUUAUGAAGUACGCGGCAUGGCCAGGGAUGGCUACUGUUACGUCCGAUAUAUUAACGACGGUUACGCGCCGUUCUCUGGAUUUGACCGUCUUUACCAUUGGGUCGUACGGCGGAUCUCGUUUGUAGCAAGUGUCUUGUGUCAUGUGCCCAUUCUAAUACUGAAGCGAUGGCGGAAGAUUGCUAGACGAAUGCUCACGUGACACGAAUUGAAUGUAUUUCGCCGACAGAGUCGUGACAUCAUGGAGGCCGCUAACAUGAACGAAUGCCCACGGUAGCUACACCCAGAUACACCCACCCAACGCUAAUUAAAAGACCUCACAAGCGCAAAAACUUAAGCACAGGUCAGAUGUUGAGAUUCCGGUUAUAUUGGUGGUCACGGUGUAUAUGCUGUACCGAUAGUUGUCACAUAUAGAUAGAUUUUUACAUAAUCGACUGAGAGAACGGUAUGAAUUAGCGAUGAUGUCUGCUGAAUGCCCUCUCUUGAAAUUAAUCUUUGAAAGGAAAAAAGAAGCAGCACCUUGCUAGGUGUUUGAAAAACAUGUCAGUAUUUUCGGUCGACGAGGAGUUUCGAUUUGUUUAUAUUUGUGAAGCUGUGCAAGUGUAUUUAUAUACUUUUCUUUGGUAAGCUGUUUUGUACGUGUGCAUUAUUUUUUUUCCUACUUAUAGAAUAACUUUGGAGAAUCGGUUACGUUCCCAUUUUACCAAAUCUGCCCAUACGCUAUUCUGAUGAAAAAAUUCUAAGACACACGAGACUCGGAUAUGUACUCCGAGUGCCUUUUUUCCAUUAUUAUCCAUUUUUAAAUUGUAAAAAGUGACUCAGCCAUAACUGUAGAAACGUUAGAUUAUCGACGUGCCGAAAAAUGUUCGUAUGUCAAUCACGCUUGGACUCUAUCGUCCACUUUACCACGCGCAAGUUAUUCAACAUGUGCACUUCCAGUUUGGCAUCGUUGGGAAAAGAUGGCAUUCGUUUGACGAAUGAGAGAUUACGCUGUGUCAUGGAAUCGAUCACGCAAAGGCAUUUGAAUAAAAAAAAACAAUGUGAGUAAUAGUCAUAAUUUAUACAAUCGUUCUUUAGGGCGAUAGUGUUUGAGGAGAACAUCUACUAAGUAGCCAGUAACGCUGGUGCCUACAAGCCAUGGCUGCGUUCAUUGAGUUCAAAGUUUAAAUUAUAGAAUACUAUCAACAUUGUCAGGUUAUAAUUUUGAGUCGAUCGAUGUUCAGUAAGCGAUUCCCCGAAAUAUUUGAAAACAACAAAGGAUGGCACAAAGCUUAACAGCGCGCCUUGGAUUAGACAUUUUCGUUGCAUUCGUUUUACACUGAGAUCGGUCAACAGGUUAAUCUCUUCAUAAACCAUUUGUUCCGAUAGCAGCUAGAAGACAAACAUGUGCGUACUAUAUGCUAGAAGUGAGUGGAGCGCAAGAAAACACAAGCAUCCGCUACUAGCUAUGAUAUCAGCUAAUAUAACAUCUUACCGCGAUUCAAAUGAUUAUAUGCAAGUGAAUUAGCACGUACCUAUAAGCCGAUGGUUCUCGAUACCGUUUGCUAAGAUUAUCUAUUAGAAGGGUAACUUUGUAUUACCAGUAACAGGAUGCCUUAGAGGUACUAGUAGUCAAAGCUAUGGUGCAAGCAUAACAUAUUACUAAUUGGAGAGCAAGAACGCAACUAUAUUCUACCUUAGAAAUUAAAGUAAGAGUGUAUGUAAAACAUCUACGUUCCGUACAGGAAGACGACUUGCACGCGCUUACUAGACCAGUGUCCGUUAGAGACGCAUGCUAGUGAGCGAUAGUCGCUACAUAGAAAUAUGUACGUAUGUGGAUGUAGGUGCGGGCUAAAUGGCAUAGAAGGACUUUUUCCUAGGAACUCAUUCCGGAUCGUGUCGUGCUGUAACCAAGGUCUUACGGUAACAUAAUAUGACGAUGAUAUGUUUGGACUAUUAUAUAAUUGGAGUGGGCCAAAAAAAUAUUUGGCAGUCUUUUCAGUUAAAAUAUGAUGUUGUGUCGCUACUAUUUUUUUCAGUCAGAAACUCACAAAACUGAUUUUGAUUCGGUCUCAGAAUGAAUAGCUGGUCUACACAUUAUUACUAUUCCACUUUUUUGUCUAAUACAAUACAUCUAUAUAAGAUAGACUUGGCCACAAAAGAAACAGAAAACGAUCAGAACCCUAAUGGCAUCUCAUAAUGGUGGUCAUAAAUAAACCACAAUAUCGCAGUAGACUAUUGAUGCUGGCAGCAAGGAGUGUUAAAAGGCACAUACAAAAUGAUUCACAGAAUCCCAUUCCGCAAAUCACAAAAUAGCUACUGCAAAUAAUAUGCAUCUAUUUAUAUCAUCAGAGCAGACCGUUACAGUGUACCGCUAUGCGUUAAUCGUAUCGUAAAGUCUGCAUAAUCAUUUGUGUGUGAUUUACAUACCAUGGAAUAUAUAUCAUAUGUACAUGGUUCUGUACAGACUGGCAAUGCAUGAGCAGUGUAAAUCGAGCGCAGGUAUAAUGACCGGAGUGGAUAUGUAUGCACACCAAGAUCUGAAGAGUCUAUGUUAAUGAAUGUGAUAGAAAACUCAUUUGUUAAAUAAAUGCGUUAAUAGACGGGUCAAUGCUAGAACGAAAGUCGAUUGUGCGAGAUGGUAAGCGCAACUAGGAAUAGGGCGAAAGUGAAGGUUUAUCAGAAACAGUUAAGAAUCAAUGGACAUUUUUUUUUUUGCAAAUUAUGUGUAUAUUAAUGUGUCUAGAAUGUAUGAAUAAUACGUUUGGCUUUUAUCAGUUAGAAACGGGUCCGUGGCGGAAUUGUAGCGCUUAACUUAAUUUUGCCUGUCUAUCUGUUAUUUAUAGGUUUAGCUUCAGGGCAUACGAUCCCGUGAUUUCUACUUUGCCACCGCUUCAAAGUGAGUGACUUUCAGCCGCGUUUUGUUUUUCUGCAACGGAAAAAUCGAGUACCGAAAAGCGUGCAUAACGUACUGGAUUAAGGCAUCAACUACUUAUCAAGCUACUAAAAAAAAAACCCUAAGGAUAAGGCGUAUUCCGAACGACCCCACAGCUAGCACGGGAGGAAGCAUAGUUGCUCCUUGUGCAAAAAUUGUCGAGUUGCUUCCAGGGAGCUACGAUCUGAGUUCAGAGAGAACAGCCGAAAUAUGAACUAUUUAGGCAUAUGCGAAAUCAAUAGUCUAUCGGUAUGGAUGACCAAGUGGAGAGCACGCCUGCUGUCAGGAAGCAAAUGUUAAGCAGAUCGGUGCAACGACUGACUAUUUGCGUAUUAGUUUUUUUUGAUUGGAUUACAGUGAACUAUUAUUGGCAGUUCAUAUUCAUCAUUUACUUUAAAAUGGUUUGAGACUUUUGCGAAAAUGUGGUAGGGUGAAACAUUAUUAGGAGCGUAGGAUGGAACGAAUUGAAAAUAUCGUCCUAUGUGUGAUAGACGUGGCAUGAGAAUGUACACUGAAUGAGUAAAUAGUAAAGAAGACGAGACAGAUCCGAAGCAUACAGGUAACGCUACAGGUGUCUUAGUAUAGUUCAUCAUAAUGGCGAGUGACGAUGAUGAUUUGUGACUUAUGUGUUUCGUUCCACUUGCGGAGGAAUGGAAAAGUAAAGGGUAAAUUUAGGCCUAGAGCUUAAUUAGAUCUAUAGGAAGGCAAGCGACAAGGCAAAAAUCUAUGGGAGAAGCGAUUUUAUGUUGCAAGAAACAAAACUAGAAUUACAAUGUAGUACAUUAUAGUAGUACAGUAUAAUUCAGUGGGAAACAAGGUUCAAAGAAAAAUUACACAGCUAUUCUAGAUAUUUUUAAUAUGCCAUCUUACCGACCCAGCGACCUUCCAACAAAAAUAAUUUACUAAACACUAUGCAGCAGCAUCGAGUGUUUGAUGUUAUGAUCUUGUAUAUGCAUGUAAAUAAAUUCCACAGUAAUGACAAAUAAUAAAAUGGU